AUGCAGUUCCUCAAUCUUUGCCUCAUUUUCUCCACCAUCGCCUUGGCUGCCGGAUCUCCGACCUUAGAGUAUGGAGCCCCACCCAGUUCGGAUACGAUCAGUCAGUAUCACACCCAGGAUGAGCAUGGUCAGUAUGCCUAUGGCUACAUGGCUCCGCUGUACUCCAAGCACGAAACCCGCACCCUGGACGGCGUCAUCCGGGGCACCUUCUCCCAUGUGGAUGCCAAUGGCGAGACCCAGACCGUGGACUAUGUGGCCGAUGCCGAGGGUUUCCAUGUGACCUCCAGUCUGCCCAACCAGCAGGCCAACCAGGAAACCCCGGAGGUGGCUGCCCUGCGUGCCCAGCAUCUGGAAGCCCAUAACCAGGCCAAGUUGAGGUUGGCCGGCGACUCCUCCGUUGGUCCCCAGCCUGUUCAGGAUACUCCCGAGGUGGCUGCCGCUAAAGUAGCAUUCUUCAAGCGUUUCGAAGCCGAGAAGCUGCGCAAUCAAUUGCUCGCCGAGAAGAAGGUCCUGGUGAUAGCACCUCCAUCUCCCAUCGCCGUUCGUUCCCAGCCCGUUUAUGUCUAUCAGCCCACCACAGGAUUCGUCUACAACUAUCACAGCAAUGCCAAGGCGCAAGUUCCCUCCAGGAACUACCUGCCAGUGGCCUAA